CCGCAUCGCAUAGUUUGUGUUGGGUGGAUCGGUUUGCUCCAACAAAAUAUAUCGUUGAAAGGAGGACAACUUUCGCACGGGCCUCUCUACCUGCUGUCUUGCCUGCCGGCCGGCCCUCCUGUCUGCUUGCCUGCCUGCCUGUCUGCCUGCCUGCCUGCCUGUCUGCCUGUCUAACGUAACGCCCACGCACCCAUCUCGCAAUCCUCAAGAACACAUGUACACACUUGUCAACUGCUGCCAUCGUCAUUAGGACUGACGGUCUGGCUGGAUGAGCUGUCUACGUUACUGGAAAAGAGAGCAGAUGCAAGAAGCUGCGGGCGCGGACGAUCUGCACAACAACAACAACAACUCUGGGUCUAUAAUGUGAGGCUCCGGACAGACGCCACGGAAUUCAAUUCAGCGUGCUCUGCGUGCGGAGGGUACCCUACCUGGGUUAGGCCGGGUACCUCGGGUAGUAGGGCCGUUGGGGGAGGGAGAGGGGGAGGAGGAGGAGUGAAUGCUGCGGUAAUCAGUGGGUACGACGAGGGGGUGUGCGGGAUUGCACUCAAGAUACUCAAGAUACUCAAGGGACUCAACGCCUGACGACGGAGAGACUUGGAAUGCGCAUUACCACGGGGCCUUAGGAGUAGGCGCGAGGGGGAACAAAGAUUAGGCGGGUGCUCAAAGCUCAGGAGGCGGUUGAAGGCCGGCUCUGAGCGGAGAGGGCUCCAGAGGGAAGUGGAAUCAACGGCAACGAAAGACAAAGGAGGUGGAGGGGUAUCUGAAUGCUGUGGUGAGAGCAAGGAAGGAGAAGGGAGGGGCACAACAGCGAAGGACAGGCUGGGCGCAUGUAUGAACUCAGGUGCAAGUCCAACUUGGUUGGGCAAGGAGGAGGCGGAGGAGGAGGAGGGGGAGGAGGKGGAGGAGGAGGAGGAGGGGAGGGAGGAGGAGUCGAGGGGGGUGGAGGGGGAAGGGAAGUAGGAGGAGAUAGGCUGGGAGGGGGUUGCCGGAAAGGCGAACCCCUCAACAGCGUGAAACGGAGUCUCAAAGGGUCUCGGCCGGUGAGAAACUCCGGGCCGUUGAUCACGCCAGAUGAAUGGCUGCGAGCACAGCUCGUCCGGGUGCGGGCUUGCAACGCUUCCUCGGCGAUCGUCGAUGAUGAGAUGCUCGACACCCUUCCAGCUUAUUGCGCUCGUUCAAGAGAUGAAGACCUCCAAGAGUACAUAUUGAAUAUUCUGGGGGAUCAGGGGAUGGCAACGGCCCUUGUGGCCGAAUACCUGGAGCGCAAGCGGCAAUGGGCAGCCAUGGGCACUGCUGGAUCAACGCCCAAUGUGUGGAUGGCCAGAGAGCAGGCACAAGGUCGGGAUAGCCCACAUGUUGAUGGUGGUGGCUCUCGACCCAGUGGUUUACGUGCAUAUAUGAAACCACGCCUCGAGGAUGUUCCGGGAGGAAGUGCCAGGAGUGCAGAGGGAAAUCUGACAAGGUUUCAGAGGAGAAGUGGAGGGAGAGAAAGAGGAGGUGCCACAGAUCCUCCUUCAGUAUCUGCAACAUUAGGUGCACCAUUGCCACAGCCAGCAAGUGCAGGGAGAAAAAGGCGGAACAGGGCAGGACCAGCUGUCUUGGGUAAGGAAGCUGGGAGAAGGGGUGUUUGCGACUGCCAAUGCACAAGGCAUGAACUUGUUUCUAAUUGCUUACGGUGUGGCAAGAUCGUCUGUGAAGUAGAGGGAGAGGGGCCGUGCUCAUACUGUGGUGCUCUGGUGGUCAGGGAAGGUGGUGAGUACGAAUCUGUCUGUGGUCAGGGGGGAGAGUUGAGUGCAGAGAGGAUAGAGGCUGUGAGGAAAGCAACUGCUUUCAAGGAUCGACUGGUGGAGUAUGAUCGAACAGCAGCGCAGAGGACAGAGGUCAUUGAUGACCAGGCUGACUAUUUCCAGGUUGAUGGAAAUGCAUGGCUAACUGAUGAGGAGAAGAAGAGAUUGAAGAAGCAAAUGGAAGAGAGAGAAAGGGCUGAGGAAGAGAAGCGAAGGAAAGUGGUUGUUACCUUCGACCUUAUUGGACGAAAGGUGCUCGUUGCCAGUGAUGGAGGUCAAGCAGAUUCAACAAGUGAGAUUUCUGCAGUGGGAAUUGUUUCAGGAGAGGGGCGGGGCUCCGGUGUCCGAAUGAGGCCUAAUCCCACACUUUUGACUCCCCCUCCAAUUUUCGUCGACCCUCGGAAAUUUGCACCUGCAGGAGCUGGUGGUGCAAGGAAACGUGUGGUUAAUGGGGAUACGACAACAGAUGCAAUGGGCCAGGGAAGCGAGGAAAGAGGGGAGGCCCCAGCAACCUUGAGACUCGUUGCUGGCAAGAACAGGGCACUGCAGGGUCGCAGAGGAGGUGCUGUCGCUCUUAAAGCUCAGGCCACGGGCAAUGGGCUUUCCAGGUUACAGCAUGAUGACCCAGUUGUGGAGGCAAUUACAGUUGGGAUCGGGGGAAGGGGUGAGUGGGAUGACGGUGAGAGCGUUGCAGCAUUCAGCUGGGAUGACAGCGAUGAGGAUGAGCGGUGGUGGAGCAACGAGGAAGGAAAUGGAGAGACCAGUGAGGAGGAGGACGGUGGCUGGCAACAGCCCUCCGUAAGGGUGCGGGGAGGCAAAGCUCACGAUGAAGGUGCAGAUGGGGAAGAAUGCCAGCUGGAUCCCAUGGCAAGGGGAAGAGGAACGGGGGGGGACGGAGGAAGGGAGGAAGAAGAGAGACCACCUGUGUUUGAUCUCUGCCUACCUGUGAAGGAUAUGGCAGCAGCCAUACAGCUGGCACCUUCGCUAUUGGAAGUGAAGCGGCAAGAAAGGAGAGAGCUCAAUAAGAAGUAUCCUAAGGAGAUACUGAGAGAGGGCAUGGUAUUGAUGAAGGGAUGGCUAGAUGAAGACCAGCAGGUAGAGAUCGUCAAAGAGUGCCGAAGGCUGGGGAUGGGACCAGGGGGGUUCUAUCAGCCCCGUUAUGGAGACGGAGGGCGGAUGCACUUACAGAUGAUGUGUUUGGGACAGCACUGGGAACCAAGAUCACGCGCCUACGAAGCGAAACGGACGCAGUAUGAUGGGGCAACCCCGCCGCCCAUUCCGGAUAUGCUUAAGCGGCUUAUUGUUGGAGCGCUUUCAGACGCAAAUGACAUCUGCAUGAGUUUCAAUGCCACUUUAGGGAAGAAGGAAAAAGGCGUAAAGCUUAUACCCUCCAUGCAAGCGGAUGUCUGUCUGGUGAACUUCUACGAUAGGAAUGGUUCACUUGGCAUGCAUCAGGACAAGGAUGAGAGUGAGCAGAGCCUGGCAGAUGGGGCACCUGUGGUAUCAUUUUCAAUUGGAGACUCUGCGGAUUUCACCUUUGGAGUCGAAAGGGAUAUUGAAUUUGCAAGCUCCGUCCUUCUGGAAUCUGGCGAUGUUCUUAUCUUUGGCGGCGUGUCUCGGCUGAUAUACCACGGCGUGGAACGCAUCCAUCCUGGCACAGCUCCAAAGGGUCUCAUCAAGGAAACGUCACUUAGACCAGGGCGAUUGAACCUCACCUUCCGUCAACUCUAGUCUAGAGCUGAGAUUUUGCUGUAAUCAGAUUCCAUCUCUGCGAAGAGGGAGAUGCAUGUUCUGAUGCGUCGACUGCAGAGGAGGUUUGGCAGCCUGGCAGGUGGACAUUCUGUGAUCUCUCCGUGCAGCCACACGCCUUUUUGAGUAAGGAUGGAUCCAGCUCAGUAGAUUUGCACAUACUCUCAAGCUGUCUGUCAAUAACGCGAGGAGAAAAAAGCGGCAGCGCAAUGCAGAUAGAUUUCACUGUGUAAAGUUGUAGACGUUCAGUGGCCGUGUUCUGCUCGGAUGUUGCUGUCGGCAAUAAGGCUGGGAAGGGCAGUCGGUCUGCCUGGCGCUUGAUGGGGCAUGAAUUUCAGGGAAAGAACUGCGCACGCUGGAGCUGGUGCACACCUGCAAAGUGAAUGCAGGCUCUGCGGAGGAGGGGUUGACGCUUUUGCAGAAAGUGCAUCUGAUUGCACACCGUCCCGGGCCUAUUGUAUGGUGUAGGGAAGGUAGAGUAUCCACCUUGCCCCACCGCACAACACUAUAUUUGUAUCCGAAACCCGUGAUUGUCCCGAGACAUACAAAACGUUUCGCUCCUCCCUCCCAAUGCACCUGGUCGAAGGCAAAUGCAUGUACAAUGUUGAGUAGUGGAGUGAGUCCCCACGGCUUGAGUAUACGUUGGGACUUGUUCGUCUGGUGUAGCUUCCCCCCCAAUGGUUUGCACAGUCCCGACGGCUUGAGUAUACGUUGGGACUUGUUCGUCUGGUGUAGCUCGCCAAUGGUUUGCACAGUCGUUGGUCCCUGUCGAGGCACUUGCCUGAUGUUGUUCAUAUUAUGUGAUUCGUUCAAUUUCGUUGUGUUUUACACUCCCGGCUUUCCAUCUUUAAGGUAGGAAACCAGCGUGAGUUCUCGUUCCCUCCGCAUCACUUCGCCUCUUUGCCUUCCCAUCUCCCCUUUUGUCAUUUCUCUCUGCGAGAGGCAUUCACACAUGCGCUGACAGAGGAGCAUUUGAAGGACGACGAAAUUGUACAUGAAGUUUUGUAGUAGUGCACGCACACCCAGUUUGCCUUUAGUUGGGCAAAAAUGCAUGGGACAGGGGAGAAGUGGUGCACCGUCCUGGUGUCCAGUCAAAAGUGUCUCCAUCACGCUGCUCCUCCAAACAGAUGCUUGAAAGGCAGUGUGAAAAGCUGGGAACUGCGCCAUUUUGCUACCACUGCUUCAGACAUGGGUAAUGUGAAGAUUGAUCCUGGCGGCCGCUGGUCGAAGGUUGUGUUGUCCCGAAGCAUUCGAAAUGUUGGACUCCUGAGCACGCACCUCAUCAAAGGAAGACUCUAAAUGUAUGUACUGCUGACUGAUCCUGGUGGUGGUUGAAGGUUGGGUUGACCCGAGACAUUCAAAAUGUUGGACGACUCGGCACGCGUCUAGUCGAAGGCAGCAUGUCCUGCUGACUGAUCCUGGAGGCACCUGGGCGAAGGUUGUGUUGUCCCGAGACAUUCGAAAUGCUGGACUACUCAGCAUGCACCUCGUCUAAGGCAGGGUUUAAAAACUCUAAAUCCAUGUACCGCUGACUGAUCGUGGCGGAAGCUGGUCGAAGGUUGUGUUGUCCCGAGACGUUUGAAAUGUUGACUACUUAGGACGCACCUUGUCGAAGGCAGACUCCAAAUGCAUGUACUGCCCGGUGUGACGUUGGGAAGUCCUUUUCACUUAUGCUGCUGCAGACGUGGUGAUGCUUAGUUUUGGCAGUUGGUGGGUAGUCGCUGGCACAGAAGUGUGUCCUGUAUUUGAAUGUGAUUGAUGGAGUACGAUUGGGAGGAAGAGUAUAUAUAUAUAUAUACCAAUAGAAGGAUUUUUUGCAAGACAGCAAGUCAACAGAUCAUGGUGUUGACUGCAAGGCCAGUGAUGGAUGAUCUGGGAGAGAGAGAACAGCACAGAGAACUGAUGAGAAUGGACCUUCACCGGAGGGAAUUUUCAAUCCCAGGUUAUUUUGGUGUCAAUAUUGCCGAACCCUGCCUCCUGAGAGAGAGAGAGAGAGAAGGGUUUGAUGAGGCUGCUAUGCAUCUGAGAGGGAUGCUUGCAGGCCUUGCUGGGUGGCUAGAAGGGCAGGGAGAGAAGGGGGUGUGGAGGGGGUCGGGGGUGCUGCUUUCUGCGGGGUGAACAUGUAUCACUACUAGAAAAUGUGAUUUGGGGGGGGUAUGCAUUUGGAAGGGAGUCGAGGCACGUGUGCAGAUCCUGCAGAGUCAGUCCCGCGUGAGCAGGAAGACGAGCGACGGCCGGGGGGAAAGGACGCCGGGGGGGGGAGAGGACGUGGGGGCCCUGAUGAAUGAUACGAUCAUCUGCGGAUGUAGUAUCAAUGGUACAAGGUGGAAUUCAGCAUGCAGCUGGAGUUGUGCAUGCAUAUUUUGUGUAAACACUAUUAAACGGGGGGUCGACGAGCAGCCGAGGGGUCUGAAGAAGAGCGGAGGGUUGACCUGCAGACAAGCGGAGGGUUGACCUGCAGACAAGGGGUGUCAAGAAGACCGUUAGCAGACUCGGAUCGGCACCACAAAGGUCUGAUGCGGUCAUGUAUCUGAGUUUCUGAGGGAUGCGGAUGCGUCCACAUCCCGCAGCAGUGGGAUUCAAUAAUAGGGCGCAGAGGCCGCGGAGAGGGUGUAGAUGUGAUGGAUGCUUCAAACUGUUGUUUCACCGUUCGCACCUCAACAGAGGUUGGCGUCGGAGAUGGAUUUUGCUGGAUUGUUUCCUUCAAUACCAGCACACGUUGCCGGGCGUCUUGAUGGGAGUAAGCAAGAGUCCACGAUGUGUUUUUCCUGCUGCGUUUGCUACUCGUGGUAAUUGUCUUGUCUGCGUCGAGGACUGCACUCGGGCUAUUUUUUUUUCAAUUGGCAGGAGGCCAGGUCUUAUCCUUCUUCUAACUUUCCAAGAAUUUGUGCGGACUAUGCACUUGUUUGGUGGCGGUAUGUGUGUGUGAAUGAAUUGUUGUAUUGUGUUGUAGUGUUGUACAUGUUUUUUCCCAUGCCAAAUUUUAAGUAACCUUUUCUACUAAGCUCUGGCUCUGGACGUAAUUGCGACCAGUUUCAUCCAGCAGCCCAACCUACGGCUGCAAAUGGUUCCAUUGUUCGGUUAGGGUUUACUUGCCCUUGUUGCAACCGGGGCUCGGUUCAAAAUGCAGGGGCAAGCUGCCUCCCUCUACCUGUGCAUUGAUCAACGUGAACUGGUGAUGUAAUUUGUUAUGGGUAUGUGGCAGUGUGGCAAACAACAAGGUGGAGCGUAGAGAAACCAGUCUCUCUCCGUGUGCGUAUGAUACUUGAUUGUCUGCUUGUGAUGAACCUAUAAUGUGAAUUGAGUGCUGUUGCUGCUGUGCAAAGCUCCUUGGAAAGAUGUGUACGUUCCUGGGCUGCCAGAUAUCGAGCAUUGGCGCAUUGUGUGUGAACAACGUCGGCAUGGUUUGACUUACCGGGCGUCGCUCCACUACUCUCGACAUGCACGAAAGACGAAAAAUAAAUAUGACUUUGUGUUGCACUAUUUACAAGUAGUGGAGCGAGCCCCACAGCUUUUUCUCGGCAUGCCCCAUGUGAUAAAUAGCUAGCUUUACGGUCGGAUGGCUGGUCAGGUCCAGGAAGGAAGGUAAUAGGUUCAAAUAAGGAAGGGCUUACGGUGGAUGCCUAAGUACUAAGUGACGAAAUGCUUCGGGGAGUCGUGGGGCUGGUUCCAGGUUUGUGUUCCUGGUUUGUUUUGCGGUGCAGAGAAUUGAUCCAGGUCCCAUCAUCUGCGAGAUGCCCGGAUAACUUUGCCGGUUCACCAAGUUGCUAGCAAAAAGGUGAUCCAGGUUUGCGAAUUCGUCCAUGGGACUGUUCGUGGUUCCUUCGUGGAAUUAGCCCGGGAACUUUCCGUGUACCAGCAGCAUAAGGUUUUGUUUGUUUGCUUUCUUUCUCCCGCAGCACGAGCUUUAAACCACUACCUCCACGUUUUUAGGCCCGUUAAUGUGGUGACUGAAUGGCGUGUGCCGUGCAGGUCCAUAUGCAUUUGCCUCAGAGCCUCCCCAUAGACCCCCUCUGGGUACAGGUGGUUCAAGUGGUAAAUGAAUCGAAUUUGUCCAUCUGAACGUGUUGUGUUCCGGUCUUCCGGACCAUCCCACUGAUUUUUUUUUUCCCUCUCUUCUCCUUUGUUUUCGUCUUUCUGAAUUUUUCACACUUGUCGCAGAAGACCCUUCUUUAUGCCCAAUUUUGGGGAUUCCUGUGUCUUUAUUUGAACCGGUCUAUAUAUUUCUACGGGUCUGUAUCACUGGCAAACCUAAGAAGUGCCUCUGUCUGCAGGACUGUAUGGUCAACAUAAUAAGACCCUCUGUUUUACAAAGGUGCGAGCCUGUUAUUGGAGUGCCUCUGUCCGCAGACGUGCUUCUCUUUCUCUCUCUCUCUCUCUCUCUCUCUCUCUCUCUCUCUCUCUCUCUCUCUCUCUCUCUCUCUCUCUCUCUCUCUCUCUCUCUCUCACACACACACACACACACACACACACACACAGAAUUUGAACAACAAAACAACAAAUUAAUCUCACACAG